AUGGAUAUGAAUAUUUAAAAAGGAACUUUGAAUAAAAAUAUGAAAAAUGAAUCAGUUUAAAUAAUUGAUGGAGGCUUAAAUUAUGAUUAUAAGGAAUUAACUCAGAUCAAUUAGAUUAAGGAACUCAACGAGAAGAUAGUUAAAAAAAAUACUUUAUUUAGACAUAGCUUUACCGACAACUUAAAAUUGUAUCAAUUACAAAAUGAGUAAUUGAUGUUUACUAAUUAAUUUGUGAAUACACUUCACAUAGCUUAUUAUCAUCAUUUUCCAUUAUGUUUCAGUCCUGAUGAUAUCUAACUGCUCAUUACUUAAGGAUUCUGUACCCACAUAAAACUCAACGCGGAAAAGUUUAGAGACAAGUUUGUAAACUUUUAAGGACAACACAUAUUGAAAAUUAUAGUUGAGGACAUAGAUCAAAUUGAAGAUUACAAAUGGGAAGAAUUUCCGACCUAAUUUUCUUAAUUGAUAAAAAAUGAAAUAGGGUAGAAGAGAUAUGAGCUUUGUGUACAAAAGUAUUCAACCACUAGAGAUGUAGAAAAAGUAUGUUAUGAAGUAAGUUUAAUGGAUACAAUGCAAAAAUAUUUUAAAUACAUAGUUGGAGCUGGGUGCGGAAUUUCCAAAAUUAAACUUCAAGGUACUUUGGAAGAUUGGCAAUAAUUAAGAUAAAAUGUAGAACCACUUAGAGAAUUUGAAUUGGAUUGGUGGAUUAAUGAAAUUGUGCCAAUUUUAGAUUAAUUCAUUCAAUUAUAUUAAGGAAAUGUUGACAAAGUUUUCUGGAAUAAUAUUUAUAGAUUUUAACAUCCAGAUCCCAAAAUAUAUGACGUGAGACCUGGAUUUGCAACUGGGUGGAUUACUUACUUCUUCCCUUAUAGAGUCAAUGAAAAUGCAGAUAUUAAUGACAAAGAACCUUUUGUCAAAAAUGAGUUUUCAAAAACUUGGGAUAAAUUUCAACAAAUAUAUCCAGAAUAAUUUCCUUCCGGAGUUUCUAAGGCACCUGUAACUCUUGAAUGGCGUCAUUAAGAAAUACCCAUUCAAUUUGCAUCUGGCUAUUUCGGAAUUACCCUCAUUGAUAAUGAAUUUUUGAAACCUCAAUUAGGAUGGGCCAUAUUGUAGCUUAACUUAUCUAAAGUCAAAUAAACCAAAAACACCUAGAAGAAGUAAAUCCUUCCUAAAUAAAAAAUUGAAAAGCCUGUUUAAGUUUAAUAAAAAAAUCAACCAGCAAAACCUAUUUAAAAACCAACUCCAGUUUAAAAAUAACAAGUAGUUUAAUCUCCUUAAGUCAAAUAAAAUACUGUAGAGCAUGCUCCUAAAGUGCAAAGUGUUAAAAACAAUUAAUUACCUGUAAAGUCAAAUCAGCCGAAGGACUAAUAACAUAAACUUAGCAAAAAGUGA